GGGCUUAUUGGGGACCGGUUGGUUCGAAUGGAAGGGGUCGGGGCUUAGUUGGGGGAGGAGCCUGAUUGGCUGCGCUAAAGGGGUGGGUCUAAAGGGGCGGGGCUUAGCGGGGGAGAGUCCUGAUUGGCAAUGCUAAAGGAGGGGCGGAGCUAAAGGGAAAGCACCUGAUUGGCCAAAGACGGUGGGGUCUUAUAGGCGUGGCUAGCAGGGGCGGGGCUUGGAGGACGGUUCUGAUUGGUGGAGCUUGUGGGUGUGGCUAGUGCUGGGGGGCGUGGCUUUCUGGUGGACGAGGCCUGUGAGUGGUCAGAGCUCGAAAGUGGGCGGGGCUUGUGGGGACUCCCGCUUGUUGGGGGUGUGGCCGCCGAGUGGGCGGAGCUUACAGGAGUGCCCGUAGAUCGUGGGCGUGGCUUUGUGUGUGAUGUAGCCUGUGAUUGGUCAGAGCCAAGAGUGGGCGGGGCUUAAGGGCUUGCCUAUCGGAGGGGGUGGGGGGGGGCAGGGCUUUCUGAUGAGCGCGUCCUACGAUUGGUCAUUGUCUGGUGUGGGCGGGGCUUGCCGGUGCCUGUUUGGGAGCGGGGCUUUUUAGCAAUCAGAGCCUAUGAUUGGUCAGAGCCCAGAGUGGGCGGGGCUUGGGAGCGUCGUUCUCGUUGGUGGGCGUGGCUUUUUCGGUGGGCGUGGCCGCGUAAGAAAACGUUCUUAGCCGCGAGUGGGCGGGGCUUAUGGGAUUCCCAUCGGUUUGCGGCUGCUGGGCGCGAUCGGAUCGGCCUCCGGGUGGGCGGGGCUUGCACCGCAGCCGACCAAUGGGCGCCUCCCUCCAGCCGGCCCCGCCCCCCGCGGUGGCCCCGCCCCCGGACGCCCUCCCCCCGUCGGAGCUGCUCCCCGCGCUGCUUCCCGACCCCUCCCCCGCCACCGCCGCCGCCUCCACGGUGGACCCGGGCGCUCUAAAACCCGCCCCCCCCCCACCGGAAGCUCCCGUGCCCGCACCGGAAGUCCCCCUCUCUCAAGCGCCGGAAGCGACCCCUCCGACCCGGAAGUCCAAAAGCAAAGGGCCAUACGUGUGCGCUCAGUGCGCCAAAGAGUUCAAGAACGGUUACAACCUGCGGCGCCACCAAGCCACGCACGGCGCCAGACCUCCCGGCCUCGCGGGGGCGCUGUCGCAAGGCCCGAACGCCGCCCCUUCCUCCGUCUCGUUGCUCCCGGACGGCUCCGCCGCGGCCGCCCCUCCCAUCCUCGUGGGGGCGCUGUCGGACGGCACGACCGGAAGCGGCGCCGGAAGCGCCCGCAAACGGAAGAGCCACGCGUGCGAGGCGUGCGGCAAAGCCUUCCGCGACGUUUAUCACCUCCGGCGGCACCGUUUGGCCCAUUCGGACGAGCGGCCGUUCCAGUGCCCGGUGUGCCAGCAGCGCUUCAAGCGGAAGGACCGCAUGGGCCACCACCUCCGCGGCCACCAGGGCGCCGUGCACCGGCCCUACGCCUGCGCCCAUUGCCCCAAGGCCUUCUCGCGCCCGGACCACCUCAACAGCCACGUGCGCCAGGUGCACUCCACCGAGCGGCCCUUCAAGUGCCAGACGUGCGAGGCGGCGUUUGCCACCAAGGACCGUCUGCGGGCGCACGCGGUGCGGCACGAGGACAAGGUGCCGUGCCACGUGUGCGGGAAGCUGCUGAGCGCCGCCUACAUCGGGGACCACAUGAAGGUGCACGGCCACGGCCCCACGCACGUCUGCGGGCUCUGCAACAAAGGGUUCACGACGGCCGCAUACCUCCGCGUCCAUGCGGCGAAGGACCACGGCAGCACUCAGCCCCAUAGCGCCCGCUCGCUGCGCUGCCGCCUCUGUGGGGUCCAUUGCGCCACGGCCGCCCAACUGCGCGGCCACCUGCAGACCCACGGCCCCGCCCACGACGCUUCCGGCCCCGCCCACGGCACUUCCGGCCCCGCCCACGACGCUUCCGGUCCCGCCGCCGCCGCUUCCGGCCCCGCCCACUGCGAGGGGGGCGGCGCCGCGGAGUUGGGGUGAACGGAGGUUUGGGGCAGCGCUGCCCCACAGCUGCCUCGUGGAUCCCCCCCCACCCCUAUGGGGCGCACAGCGGGGGGCGCAGCGCUGCUGGGGGGCUGCCCCAUAGAUCAAUGUCACUGCCCUAUACAUGUGGGGCUGCCCCAUAGACGUGUGGGGUUGCCUCAUAGAUCGGUGUCACUGCCCUGUAGAUGUGGGGCUGCCCCAUAGAUGUGUGGGGCUGCCCCAUAGAUCAGUGUCACUGCCCCGUAGAUGUGUGGGGCUGCCCCAUAAAUGUGUGGGGCUACCCCAUAGAUGUGUGGGACCCAUAGAUGUGGGGCUGCCCCAUAGAUCUGUGUUACUGCUCUAUAGAUGUGGAGUUGCCCCAUAGAUGACUGAGACCCAUCGAUGUGGGGUUACCCCGUAGUUGUGGGGCUGCCCCAUAGAUUGGUGUCUCUGCCCUAUAGAUGCAUGGGGCUGCCCUAUAGGUUGGUAUUACUGCCCCAUAGAUGUGUGGGGCUGCCCCAUAGGUCGGUAUUACUGCCCCAUAGAUGUGUGGGGCUGCCCCAUAGAUAGGUGUCACUGCCCUAUAGAUGUGGGGCUGCCCCAUGCAUGCGUGGGACCCAUAGAUGUGGGGCUGCCCCAUAGAUGGGUGGUUGCGACCCAUGGAUCUAUGGGGCCGCCCUGAAGAUUUGUGUCACUGCCCCAUAGAUGUGUGGGGCAGCCCCAUAGAUGGGAUUUACUGCCCCACAGAUGUGUGGGGCAGCCCCAUAGAUGUGAUUUACUGCCCCACAGAUGUGUGGGGCAGCCCCAUAGAUGUCAUUUCCUGCCCCAUAGAUGUGUGGGGCAGCCCCAUAGAUGGGAUUUAGUGCCCCACAGAUGUGUGGGGCAGCCCCAUAGCAUUCCCAGGCCCCGCCCCUUUUAAGCCCCGCCCCUUCUAAGCCCCGCCCCCAAUAAAACCGCGCUGCGGCGCCCCCUCUGUGUGAGAAAGCGA